CAGCUGCCGUUAAAGAUCCAAAGAAGAAGAAGAACUCUGUAUCCCAGCAUGAAUCGCGGCAGCAUCCUGAUAAUCUCACUGACGGCCAGAGGGGAGGCCUCUUUCCAUCUAACUACAUCAAAAACUUGAGUGCUUUGUGGACAUAUAUUGUGGCCUUCUAGUGUUACAAUGGAGCCAUCGGGAAGUACAGCAAUGUCUUCAUCGAGCAACCACACCCUGAACUCAAUUGGCGGUGGCUGUCCAUGGGAGGUCAGCGACAAGGCCAGACUGUGUCGCUUCCUCUGCUACGGCUCGGAGGAAGACGUAUACACCGCCAGAGAGGAGGGUCGUGUCAGCAUGGAGAGCGCUGGAGCUCUGCUGUCCCUGCUGCAGGAGGGCCGAGGUCCUGAGGUGGUGGAGGAGAUAAAAAGGUUCACUCAGGAUGGGCGAGCUGUCAGACUCGGCCCCUCCUUUUUUGCCUUGGCUUUGUGCUCCCAACAGUCGGAGCUGAAGACCAGACAGGCAGCGUUUAAAGCCAUGAAAGAAGUUUGUCGGGACCCUGCCCACCUGUUUUCUUUUAUCCAGAACAAGAAGGAAUUGAAAGAGGGUAUGAAGUGUGGUAUUUGGGGACGGGCUCUGAGGAAAGCAGUGUCUGACUGGUACAAUGAGCAGGAUGCUAUGUGUCUGGCUGCGGCUGUGACCAAAUGUAAACAAAGAGAGGGAUGGUCACACCAGGAUCUGCUAAGGCUCUCUCACACUAAACCAGCUAAUGAAGCAAUUGCCUUGAUCAGCAAAUAUGUAACAAAAGGAUGGAAAGAAGUUCAGCUUGCUUACUCGGACAAAGAGAACUCAGAAGAGGUUGCCAAAGUGCUGUCGUAUCUGGAAGUGGUGGAGAAGGUCAAGCACAGUUGUGAUGAAACAGAGGUCAUCAAUUUAAUAGAAGAACACAAACUGGAGAGGGAACAGCUGCUGACAGACCACCUGAAGUCCAAACAGGUAUGGAGAGCUUUGUUGAAGGAAAUGCCUCUCCAAUCAGUGCUAAGGAUCUUGGGUAAGAUGACAUCCGACAAAAUUCUUGAACCGGGAAGUUCAGAAACACAAGCUGUAUGUGACAGAAUCCAGAGCGAGACGGAACUCACAAAGGCAAACCUCCACCCCUUCAGUAUACUCCUGUCUUCUGAAAACUACAAAAGAGGCCAAGGCUAUCAGGGUAAAAGAAAAUGGGAACCAGACAGCAGCAUCCUCAAAGCAAUGGACUCUGCCUUUUACAAGAGUUUUAUGAAUGUGCAGCCUGUCGGUAAACGCUUCGUAUUGGCGGUAGACGUGAGCACGUCGCUGAGCAGCAUUGUCCCAGGGACGUCAAUCAGCACUGCUGUCGCCGCUGCAGCUAUCACCAUGAUUUUUGCAAGGACUGAAGCAGACACGCAUGUGCUGGCCUAUUCUGAAGGAGCUUUGGUUCCAUGCUCUAUCUCUGCUGACAUGACCCUCGCACAAGCAACAUUUGAACUGGUUAAGAUCCCAGGUGGGAGCACAGACUGCACACUUCCCAUCACAUGGGCCACAGAAAACGGAAAAGCUGUAGAUGUGUUCAUCAUUCUGACCAACAACCCACUGUGGACGUUCACUGCCAGCCCUGUGGAUUCUCUAAAGAAACAUAGACAGAAAUCAGGAGCUAAUACCAAGAUGGUGAUGUGUGGGCUGACUUCCAUCGGACACGCCAUCGCAGACACGGAAGACAGGGGUUUACUGAGCAUCUGUGGCUUCGACCUUGGAGCUUUGAGCGUCAUCCGUAGCCUAGCCCAGGAUCUGAUCUGACCAAGUAUUGGGACCCAUUCUGUUUCAAUUGUAUAGUUGGAGCACAAAAGGAAGGCACAAAGUGUACCAAUGUGGCUCACUUAGCAUGUAGAGUGCCCUAAAACAGCACUGAUCCAGAAGAUGUUGACAUUUCCAAUUCCCAUUUCUCUUUUUGUAUUAUGUCGCUUACAAAUCAAUUGACCAAGUGUCCAGCGGGCUGGACAACACUCUGGAAAUGUUAUGUGCAUAUUUUUAUUUCUAAAAUUUGAAAAGAAAGUUAUAAGACAUGGUAUGUAAUUGCAUAUCAUAAUGUCAAAGAGCUGCAAAGUGCAAACAGCACUGUGUAUGUUACAGGGAUAGUUUGGAUUUUUUUGAAGUGGGGUUGUUUGAGACACAUCCAUAGUCAAUGUAUUUCAUGUAGUAGAUGGUGGUCAGUACGCCCCCAGUAUGGUAGAAGUCAGGCAGGAGUACCAACACAGAAUCCAGCAAUGUACUGGCUGCUGUGAAUGGGGACAUUUCUGUAUUGUAGCCACCUAAAAAAAGCAUAUCAGUUCAAGUGUAUGCCAAAUUUAGAAUAUUUUCACCACUUGACCUUGCCAUUAGACAGACCUUUCCAACAUGGUACUGAAGCCAUGGCACGACUAAUCCAUUGUCGCUUCAAAGUCACUGGAUUCCAUUGACAAAACCAGUAAUUUUACCUUGUGGAACACUGCUGGUCUACUGCUGCCUCAGUCAGUUAGUUGUUUGUGUUGUUGUUUGGCUUUGUGUUAAUGUAUGACUUUGGUGUUUCAGAACUAACCCUUUAAAACAUCAAAGUAACCGAUUGAGGCAUCAGUAGACCAGGGACUUCCAUGUUCUGUGAGGUAAAAUUAAUGUUUUGAUCUAGAGGCUUGAAAGAAAGCAUUGAUACCAGCUUCAGUUCCAUGUUGGAAAGGGCUCUCUGACAACCAGGUAAAGUGGUGAAAAUAUUCUAAACAUAGCAUACGCUUAUACCCUUUAUUUUACCAGAUCUGGUUCCCGUCCAGUUUGGAGCCGGUGCUCGUGCUGGUUUGCGGUUGGUUCAACUUGUGAACCAGCUCUGAACCUGUUUGCUUUUUCACAGCCACGUCAUUACGUCACUGUUAACGUCUGUAUAUGUCUCCGUAUAAUAGCAACGGCAGACUACAUGUCUCUACAACACAUCUGUGCUGCCCAUUUUGAUCACUAUGGGCGCCGAAUACAUUCUUGUUAACACUGAAUGUAAGAUGUUAAUGUUGGACUAACGAUGGCCAGCUAACGUUUGCAUGCUAGCGAUCGCCCGCUAAUAUUAGCACACUAGCUCGCCCGUAUCAACCACAUUGCAGUUAAACAAAUCAAAUAAAUGAAUGAUACACGUUUUAGUUGGUCUGUCUUAAGGGAAUCGAUUUGGUCUUGUUGGUCACAUAGCCCCGCCCCCAGCCCCUGACGUAGCCAUUUGCGAUUCAAGACCAGCAAAGAGUUGGUGCCGGUGGAAAGCCAAGGAACCGUUUGCAAUUGUGCACCGGCGGGGAACCGGCUCUGGUGGAAAAGCCCUAUUAAACUGAAACUGAUUUUUUACAUUUUUUUAUUUUUAUUUUUUUGUCCAGAGUAGUAUAUUAGUAGUAUAUUGCUUAGCUACUGUGCCGGUACUCCUGCCUGAGGUUGGGGCGACUGUCAUCUACAAUAGAUAAAACACAGACUAUGUUUCAAUCUUUGAAAGAUCCAUUCUGUCCCUUUUAAAGUGCAUUGGUGGUUCUUGUUGAGACACUAAUCCAUUGGACAAUAAAUUCCACUCAUAUAUGGAAAGAUGUUGGCAGAUUAAAUAGGAGGAACCAUGUAAGAGUCAGAAUGUUUGAGGCUUAGUGCAACUGUAGGUUUAUUUUAAGUUUCUAGUAUGUAUCUAUGGUUUGAUUUUAGCAGGUUUGAUAUGAUGGUAGAGGCAUUUUACAUUUUAAAGCCUGCCCCACUGUCUUUUGUAGCAUUAUUAUAAAUAAUUAACAGAUGUAUUGUAAAAGAGAGGAGUUGAAAGAAAGCACCAAAAGUCGAGAUAAAAAGUAUUCUGCUGACUUUUCAAAUUCUUGAUUUGGUUGGUCAGAGAAUAUUUUUUAAAUGCUAAUAUUCGUGUCUAGAAUACCAUUUACACAUCUCUUGCCUUUAGCCUAGGUACAAUUGUUAUUGUAUUAACAUUUGUUUUCCCUUCAGACUAUUUUCUUUUGAAACCGAGUUGUCUGUUUUGAUAUUUUGUUAAAUUUAUCCUAUAAAUUAAUACCCUUGGUGCUCUUAGAUGUGAUGAGACAUUUUGGGGGUAUUAAAUGGAAUUUUCCUUUGUGACACAAGAAGGCCAAUGUUUGGGGCUGUAAGUCAGUUUACUGUAAAUUGGAAACAUUUUUUUUCUCAUAUUAGCCUGAAUUCUAUGCAUUGCAACUCUUUAUUUCACUGUAUUAUUAUGUCCAGAAGGACAAGUCAUAGCUACUUAACAUCUGUUUACGGAGCCUGAAUCUGCUAGCACAGUAAUAUUUCUGUAUUUUUUAUUUAAGAAUGUUCGUUAUGCAAAAACUUAACAGAUAACUGCUACCUUCCUGGGAAUAAAAUGAACUGAAUGUACUUUUGUAAAACAUGUAACUGUAGAAAUUUGAAGUACAAUGCUUUAUAUUUCAUCAAACAGAAUAAAUACACAGUGUUUUAGUGUAAUGGGGCCAAUUUAUUUUUGGGGAAAUGCAAGUAAACAACUACAGUGGUGCUUCUUGUUUUAGUCGACAGUAAUUACUGACAGCAUUCACUGAACUUUAAACUCAUUAAUUCUGAUAUAA